AUGGAUGACGACAGGAACACUGUAAGACGUCGUGUGGUCAUACGGGAAGACGAUAACGAUGAACUUCGUCUCAAUCCAAAGGAUAGAGUCGGUGAUGCUGCAUGCUGUACUACAGAAGGAGAUACUGAAGAUGACAACAAAUCUCAUCGUACCGUUCGACGACGUACGCGAAAGGAAUUAGAGCGGAUACAUUUUCAAAUGGUAAAUGAUCGCGUUGUGGAGGAUAUCACGUUAGAAGUGUUAUAUAAACCUCACACUCUAACAAUCCUCGCUUGUCUUUGCACAUUCGUUUGCUAUAAAGCUUUUUCAGGGGAUGAUCGCGGCACUGACUCGAACGUAUAUGAUGGAUGCUUGGGCACGCUUGUUCUUUUCCUAGUUGUCAGCGCUCUAGCCUUCCCCAAUGGGCCAUUUAUCCGACCGCACCCAGUUUUAUGGCGAAUCAUAUUUGGAAUGUCGGUGAUAUAUCUAAUGAUACUUCAAUUCACUCUGUUUCAAACCUAUGCGGACAUCAAAAAGGUGCUUUCUUGGCUGGAUCCUGACGGCUUGAGCAAAGAGUCUCUCGAAGAAAAGGCAUACGCCGUAAACUGCUCGGAUAUAACUGUUGAGAGAGUGUGGAGUCAUGUGGAUGUUUUUGCCGUUGGACACUUUCUAGGAUGGGCCAUGAAGGCACUGCUCAUACGGCACGGAAUACUAUGCUGGUAUAUCAGCAUCGCGUGGGAACUUACUGAGGUCGUGUUCACGAAACUGUUGCCUAAUUUCGAAGAGUGCUGGUGGGAUGCCAUCAUUUUGGAUGUGUUACUUUGUAAUGGACUUGGUAUUUGGUUUGGGUUGAAAGUUUGCAGUUUCUUCCGGAUGAGGCAGUUUCAUUGGGAGAGCAUU